UAAUUGUACGUGGGUAAAGAGAAGUGGGUGUUUCCUAAUUGCUUAAACCAACAGCAUACAAACCAACUUAAUUAACAUUAUAUCCAGGAGGUAAUCGACGGAAGGCGAACAAAGACCCAUGUAAACUGGUGCUAUUAUUUCUAUGCGGCCCCAUCGCCACUCAAGGUCAACAUGACCCAUCAUCACUGUCGGCACACACCGAGCAUCAUAGUGUGGAACUUCAUUCACGGAGCCUUGCGAUUUGCUGACUAUUGCGCAAGGAGUCGCCUCGUCCCGGAAUAACCCGAGCUUGUCACGAAUGAAGAUGCCAUUGAAAACACGUCAUCACUCGUGUCUCUCCGUCAGGCCCGUGAUUAUAGGACAUCUGUGUGUUGUGUGUCUGGCAUGCCAGUGCUUUCCUUCGCUCUGACGUCCGAAGAUAGCUUCACUGUGUGGAAAACAGAUUACGAUUACGAUAAGAAGUAAUUAACCAAACUCAAAAUGGAUAGCAAGUUUUGUAGGCUAAACGAAUAUAUCGAAGAAGAGGAAGAAGAUCUCAUGCUUGAAUACAUAAGAAAAACGGGGAUCAAGGCAAGUGACUAUAACAGUGAUCUAGGUGAAACCUACCCGUUAGAUUACGCUGCCACAAUGGGAAACGUCAGCAUAUUUAACGCGCUUGUGGACCUAGGCUACUCUAUAGAAGGAGAGGAAAUUCAUCCCAUUUACGAGGCGUGCUCGAGGGGACACCUGGAACUGUUAGAAGCUCUUGUUGAAAUCCACAACGUUGACCCUUCAAAACCAGAUCCCUAUGGAUCAACCCCGUUGUCAGUUGCCGAAACCGAAUGUCAUUUGCACUUGGUGAAGUAUUUGAUAAAUAAGGGCGUUUCAAUACACGCAACAUUCUCGGAUAUGGAGUUUGAGGACGUCACACCGCUUCACCACGCAGCCGUGUGUCCAGCGCCAGAGAUAUGUGAGUAUUAUAUAUCUCUAGGCGCCGAUUUGGAAGCUAAGGAUAAACAUGGUGCCACACCGCUGUACAUGGCAGCGGCCUGGGCCACUGAAGAAACGUGCCCCCUCCUCGUUGAUGCUGGAGCAUGUGUGGAGGCCCGGAACGUUGACGGCCAGACACCUUUCUUUGCGGCAGUCAAAGAGUUAGCUUCAAAACCAUGGGAAAACAAUAUGUGCAUCCUUCGAUUGCUCUACUCCAAAGGUGCUGACCCUGAAGCGAAAAACAAUGAAGGGAAAACACCUCUGUAUCAUGCCAUGUCCUCCCACACUGUCGCCUAUUACCUGAUGGUGGAGCUGAAUAUUUCCCCAGGGGGAGAUAAUCCUGACGCUAAGGCACUUUUUCAUCUGGCCGUUGAGUCAAAGAAUAUCAAUGUUUUGAAUCUUCUUGCCAGUCUGGGUCACGAUCCAGGAUUGAUCGAGUGCCUUGAUGACCACGAACAUCCUCUACAUAAGACAUGUAAAGGGAAAGAGGCGAUGCUGAAAAUGAGAGAGAUUGCAAGCAAUCCAAGGACUUUACAAGAAUUGUGCUGUUUUGUUGUGAGAGUCUCACUCGGAAAGGACUUGGCCAAAACUGUUGAAUCUCUUCCCUUAGCUGAGAGUGUUAAGGCGUUUGUGAGGCUUUCACACAUACCUAGUGUGGUUGAGUAUGAUUUUGAUGACCAAAAAGAUGAUGAAGACAAUGCAAGUAAUGAGGACGAAGAAGAAGAAGGAGAGGAUGAAGAAGAGGAAGGAGAGGACGAAGAAGAGGAAGGAGAGGACGAAGACGAGGAAGGAGAGGACGAAGAAGAAAACGAAGCGGAUAGUGGGGAAAAUGAUGAUGAAGAUGGUUCUGAUUAACGCGAGAAAAGAGACGACAUGGUAAAAGAACGUGAGCACAAUGAAGAAGGAAACGAUAACGAGAAAUAGUCAAACAAUGCUCACAAUGAAAAACAAUAGUUUUCUAGUAAUACUAGCAAUACUAGUCAUGACCAUAGAACAACACUGUCCACCGUUGACUUACUUGUAUAUUCUACGCUUGGUUUAAGAAUGUCUGUUUGACGAAUGUGUUUGUCAAGGUGCACGGUAACUCAAGCUACACCAGGGGGCGGUCAGGUAGCCUUGUGGUUAAAGCGUUCGCUCGUCACGCCGAAAAUCCGGGUUCGAUUCCCGACAUAGAUACAAUAUAUGAAGCCCAUUUCUGGUGUCCCCCGCCGUAAUGUUGCUGGAAUAUUGCUAAAAGCGGCGUAAAACCAUACUCACUCACUCACUCACUCACUCACUCAAGCUACACUAUGAAGCUGCUGACAAUUGUGUCUCUGAAGGGACCAUGUGAUUAAAUCACUCGAAGUAUAAGGAAGCGUGAGCAUUACUUCAAUGUAUGUGAACUGGAAACUUUGAUAUUUAGAAGACCUAAAUAAGGAUGUUUUGAAAAUUAAAUUGCUGCAAUUAAUCAGAACAGUACUGUUUUGACAUUUAUCCGUUUCAGUCAUGAAAUGAUUGAAUAUUUAGUACUUUGAAUAAAUCAUUUCAGUAGUGCAGUUGCGUCAGUGUAAAAUAAUUUAAUUUAACUGUUAUUAGGAAUGCAAGUGAUUUAGGGAUAUACAUUGAAUGAAAAAUUAUCUGUUUAAUUUGUGGUAGCGUUCACGCAUCCGAUGAGUGUAUUGGUCUCUAAAUAAACAGGCAAUAUGCAA